AUGACGUGUCUAUGCGGAGGCGCAGAUUGCACCAUCCGAGUUUUACCGGGCGAACCAUCAUCAUGCCGUUCCUGCGGCGAUGCAGCAGAAGAAGACGAAGUCAUCUCGCUCUCGGCAGGCAUCCGUUGGCAAGAUUCGGAACGACCUUACGACGGCUCGGCUUGCGAAAGAGAAAAUGCGACUUGGCGGAGGUGCGAUGGUGGGAACCGGCCACUCGGUGCCUCUGGGUCAUUUCUGGGUCAGACGAAGCAGAGGAUGGCCCGUCCGUCGUCGGUCCUCCCCGCCGGCGACUUUGUUUCGGCGCUGCCAUGGUAUGGCCGGGUUUCGCAACGGCCGUUGGGCCCCCAACCCUCGAACCCGGUGUCGUUUUGCGAGGCAGCGCGCCGAGGUCCGAAGGAGAAGAAGACGUGCGGAGCCUUGAACUUUUUGCCCUUCGCAACCGGUAAGUUCCAUGGACCCGAGCAGCUGGGUCGGCGCUGA